UGCUCUAAUCUGCAGCAUUACAUGUGUCCACUACCACCUCUGCUUGGAGACCAGAAAAAUGCUAUUAUGCAAAAUGUGUUGUUGAAAGCCAUGUCUAGCAUUACUGACACUUUCUUUUAAAUGCAUUUUCAUCCUGUAUACAAGGAAGGAAGAAAUGGUUUCGAAGCUCAUUAAGAAAAUAAUUUUUCUCUUCAUGACUCUGCUAGGCAUUCUGGGAAACAUGUCUAUUUCUGUGAAUUAUAUGUUCAGUUUGUGGAGAGGCCCUGAGAAGAAACCCAUACAACUUAUUCUCAUCCACUUGGCUUUUACAAACAUCAUGAUUAUUCUUGCAAAAGGAUUGCCGAAGACAAUAGAAGUUUUUGGUUUGAGAAACUUCCUGGAUGACAUAGGCUGUAAGAUCAUUGUUUACCUGGAGAGGGUGGCCCGUGGCCUCUCCAUCUGCACCAGCAGUCUCCUCACUGUGGUCCAGGCCAUCAUCAUCAGUCCCAGAGCAUCUGGGUGGAGGAGGCUCAGGCCAAUGUCUAUACGGCACAUCCUUCCAUUCUUCUUAUUCUUUUGGAUAAUCAAUUCUUUAAUAGGUGUGAACCUAAUCCAUUCCAUCACUAGUACAGGUCUGAAUAUAUCACAACAUAUGGGUGAUGAGAAUUAUUGUUAUUUUAUGCUGGAAAGUCAGAAUAUAAAACUGAUUGUUCUCCCGCUCAUGGUCCUGAGAGACGCAGUGUUCCAGGGCACCAUGGGAGGGGCGAGUGGCUACAUGGUGUUUUUUCUCCACAAGCACCACCAGCAUGUCCUCUACUUUCAGAACCCUAAGCUUCUCUACAGAAUUCCCCCUGAGCUGAGAGCUGCUCAAAGUGUCCUUCUUCUGAUGCUCUGUUUUAUUUUCUUCUACUGGACUGAUUGUGCCUUUUCUCUGCUUUUAAGUCUCUCUUCAACAGACAAUACUUUGAUGACAAAUACUCAUGGAUUUCUGUCCCUUGGUUAUGCAACUUUCAGCCCCCUUGUGCUGAUCCACAGAGAUGAGCUUCUUGCAGAGUGUUGGCAUUCUCAGUGGGAGAAAUUGAGAAAAUAUCUCUCCCAGUUAUUUGUUCAACAAGUAAGGAAAAACACUUAG